UUAUAUACCUUAGAACCUGCACAGACCAUGCCGGUGCCGGGUCUCUCCGCUUUGGCCCAAGGCCGGGACCGGCAUCACCACCACACCUGAGGCUUCUCACACCCUCCUCCAUCCAUCCUCAGUCCUCUUCAGGGUCAGGCCGGUUUCGCAUGCCUGGCUACUACUUGGCCUUGCUGGUACCAUGUCCAUGCCCAUGGAGACACCGCUGAAAAAAGGAAAGAAGGCGUGCACCGAGUGUCGCCAGCAAAAGGCAAAAUGCGAUGUCUACUUGGACCCAAAUCAGCCUUGUACUCGAUGCCGCAAGGUCAAGGCAGCCUGUAUCAUCUCAGACCCCUUCAAGAGAGAGCACAAGCGAAAGAGGCUCUCCGAGCUAGAACGGGAAUCGGAAGAUCUGCGUCGCAAGCUCCGGGCAUCGCAACCAGCAGAUCUCAGUCCCCACCCUUCGCCGAUCGCUCUCUUGACAGCGGCAGCAGAGAUGGGCGCGCAUUCGAGACAGGGGAGUAACUCGGUCUCGUUGUCCUCGAAUGCCCCACUUGAUGCAUACUCGCCGCACUUGUUGGCUCCAAAUGGCCUCACACAUAGGACCCCGGCACCGGCACCGGCAUUGGACGGCGGUGGCACGACCUUAUCCCGGAGCUUGAACGGGGUACAGGUGCAAGGAGAGGAAAUCGACGAUCUGUUUCGACUGUUCUUCCAGCAUUACGCUCAAUUUCUCCCUAUUCUGGAACCCCAGACCUCACCAAACACUUAUUACGCACAAUCACCGUUUCUAUUUUGGACUAUCAUCGGUGCAGCAUGUCGUUCAUACUCUCGGAAUCCUACAUUGUUGACGGCCUUGGCCCGAAGUAUCUUGGAGAUGGCAUUCCUCUCGGCUUUGUCCAUAUCGCCACCUUGGCACACCAUUCAAGGACUUUUGCUCCUUUUGACAUGGCCGUACCCAAAGGGCGAUCAUCCAGACGUGGCUUUCCCUUUGUGUGGGAUAUUGCUCCAUAUCUCCAUGCAAAACGGGCUCCAUGUCCCCAUGUCGAGUCAUGAGUUUUCACGAGUCAAAAUCCCGGCGCCAUCCGAAGGCGAUCUGCUCCGUCGCUCGGAGCUGUGGGCACACACCGUCAUUAUGUAUCAACGGGUGUGCGUGCUCAAGGGACUCUUACCUAGAGCCCUGAUGAACCACGGUCAAGAUCCCACACAUCGCCAAGUGCUGAUGGAUAAAAUCGCACCCUGGAUGGCCUUGAAACUUCGUUGUCUAGAGGUGAUUUCAAAGUGUAGCGAAGCAGUGGCCGAAAAUGGUCUACGGUCCAUGUCUCUCGACCAAGAGCGAGCAUUGGACAUUUUGCUUCGCACGUACGAAGGCCAGAUAGAUGACCUAGAACUACGAGCAGUGACAGAUGACGAGAGAUUUGACACUGGGCUCUGCCGAAUGGCGGUUCAGAGCUUUCAUUUCUUCAAGAACCAAACCUUUGUGUCGAGCGGAUGCUGUCCGCGGAUUCUUGUCACGGCGUGCAGCCUGAUCGACUACGUCCAAGCGCUGUCUGAUCGAUUUGGAUUCUUGUCGAUGACACCCUAUCAUAUCAGUUUUGCACUCCUCCUGGCUGCCAUGUGCUUGCUAAGAAUCUUAAAAAGCACCGUGGCACCACGGGGUCUGGAAACUGGUCGUGCGCGAUCUUCUCUCUUCACGGCCAUCAAUCUGGCAAAGCAAAUCUCCACCGACAGUGCUGAUAUCGCUGCCAAGGCGGUCACGGUUCUCAGCUCGAUCUGGAAUAGUAACAGAGCAUUUCGCCGCGCUGACGGGUCAGAUUCUCCCGCUCUGCGUAUUCGCGGCCGUCUCGUGCUAAGUCCCAUUCUCGAUACCGUGUGGUGGUGGCGCGAUGAAUUCGAUCCUCAGUCGCGCGAACCUGCUAACGGUGCCGUUUAUUCUCGUUCACGGUACCUGACUGCUGCCGAUGGAGGCGUAGGUGGUGGGUCAGAGCCCAACCAAGACUUUGCUGGCGGCAUGAUGGCGCCAUCCGGCGUGCCCACUGAUCAGAGUGCGUUCCACCUGGAUGAGGAAUUCCUGGCCGAUUUCGAGUGGGCACUCGGAGACGAGGCACUAUUCUCUCUGGACCCAACACCCUCCACGUGGCCGACCACGAACGCUCUACUAUAACUGGACCGAUAGAGGAAGAAGUUGAUUGGCAAUAAACUCCAUAGCUCUAACUCUUCCAUGCCUCUCCUUGUCCAGGCUAAAUUUUGAUGGGCCCAGUAUGCCAAGCUUGACUCGGCCGGUCUCCGGUGCGGGCUUCCGAAUCGACUCUACCAUCCUAGGGAACGUGCAUUAAUCUAGAGAUAUCGCAAAAUUGCCUGGAAUAGCCGCCCACCUUCUAGAUUUGUCUAGAUAGAGCGCCAUCGAAGCGACGUUUGACCCUGCAUAUGAUAUCAAACGAAUCAUAGUCCGGUGGCUGACACCGGAAAGCAGGGAGCACAUGGUGCGUCUACUAGUGCUCCGUACAGAGUCCAUUUCGGACGAGUAACCCCGAUAUGGGCUUGGUGUCUCAGAUUCCCCCAGCGGCCACCACGUCGGGGCAACUAUGACAAUUGGGGUAAGACGAUCAGCGUGGAAGCUUGGGGAAUGGUUUUCUAAGGCUAUCGACUCAAACUGGCCAGUUGGAACUAUGGUUUUGGGUGAAAAUAAGGAAUUAGCCUUGGCAGGCUGUCAGUUUUAGAAGGGGCUCGUGAAGAACAUUGCUUGUAUGCGAGAAAUAGCUCCGCCAAUGGCGAGCGCCAUUGGGAUUCUUCAGAGGGGCCCAAUACGAGCAUGAGUCACUUUAUUAUGACCGCAAGUAGAUUCUUAAGGAGACGAGAGCUCCCUGAGCUUUCAGACACCUUUUUUGCCAUGUAUCCUAUCCGUC